UUAAAAAGAAUAAUUACAAUUUUGAUAAAAUACGGUUAAACCGCAAACCACACCGCACCAAACCACAUUUUAUGGUGCGGUUUUUUUAAAAGUGCGGUUUGAAAAAAUUACAAACCGCACUUUUGAGGUAUGGUGUGGUUUAUGAUCCAAACCGCACAGUGAACACCCCUACCGGGUAGUGGACGUAGCCAACACAUUGUUGGUGAACCACGUAAAAUUGUGUGUGUUUUUCUUGUUAAUUUCGCAUUCAAGAUUUGUUAUUUCUCACCUUCGUUAUAACAGUACUGAUUCUUGUAGAUUUUGCUCUCUUAAUUGAAAUCCUUCGCCGCUCUUGAAAUGAGGAAUAGAGGAUGACAAUGACGAAGAUGUGAAAAAGCUGAGUGAGAUUGUGUUUAAAUGGUUCGGUCGUAUGAAGUGCUUAAAUUGUCAUGACUUACAAAAUUAUACUGUAUAUGGUUUGCACAAGGAUCUGUAGCCCUCUGAACUCUUCUUGAAUGCUAGGAUGCCUCAGACUACAGCAAGGUAUCAAUAAAACUACUCCCUUCUGUUGCUCCAUAUGCGUAGGGUUAUCUUAAUUUUUGGUCGAACGAAAUUAAUGAAAGAACAAUGGUGGUAUUAAAUAUAGUGGUUGUGAGAAUAAAGUUGGGGGUUCUCUAAACCAACAAUAAUAUGGGACAAACAUAGACGGUAAAGGGAGUAAUAUGUUCAAUACAACAAAAGCUAGGUACUCUGUUAUGUAAUUGAAACUCAAAUUGGCAUAUCCUCUAGUCUUCUAUACAGUUAGUUGGAAAUUUGACAAAAAAUUUCACUUGGUUUAUUGGAAGUUCCUGAUAAGGAACUCCCUCCAAAAAUAAACGUAUGCCACUACAUGCAGCGAGCACACGGUAUUCUUUAGUAAAAGGCGAAAGAAUAGUUCGCUCUGUGCUCACUGCAUGGCUGCGUAAUUAGUAUACAGUCAGGCUUUGUUAUUUAUACCCUGCAUUCCUAGAUUGGAAAUUCUUUCUUGACUAAUGUGGGACUUUUUCAUCUUUUUGUCGUACCUUGUUUGAAGUAUGGAGUAGAAUCCCACCAAACAAGAGAUGUCUCUGCUUGCUGUCUCAGGGCAGAUAAUUCUACUGUGACAAUGUCAUUUGUUGCCUGUUUCAUGUGUCUGAAUUUCUUAAUUGUACAUUUGAAAAGUUUCUGCUGAAUAUAUGAAUAAUUUUACAGCAUUAGUUAUGCUAGACUUCAACCAUUCUCGAAUGACUGAGUUGUCCCAUCUUUGUGUUGAAAUAACUGAAACCAGAACCUAGAGCUUAAAAAAAAAAAGAAAAGAAAAGAAAAAUAAAUAGCAGUUAACCUCCGACUACAGUACAUGUGAGAAAUGUAUCGUUUGCAAUAUUGCUGUAGUUUAAUGAACCCUGAUAAAGUAAGCACUUGUAAAUCCAAAAGCAAAAAUAUGGAAGUGAAGAGAGAGAACAGUUAAUGUAUUGAUUUCAUGUAUGUGACUUAUAUACACUAUAAAUUCAAAACUGUAUUCUUGUUAUAUAUAUUGAUUUCAUGUUGCUUAAUAUUGACAUCAGCUCAGGUUGUUUCUUGUGCUCUUUAUAAUUUAAUCAGAGUUUAUGGUAUGGCACUGAAUACAAGUACACUCUUCCUCUUUGGGAAGAUGUUAGGUAAGCAUCCCUCACAAAGUGCAAUGGAGGCUACCUUCCUAGGCCAUGGAAAUUUUUUAUCACCCAUCAACCCCGACCAGGUAAGUAUGUUUCUCAGUCCUCCAUGGUUUCUUUAUAUAUCUAUGUUGUCCUUCUUAAUUUCGGUAGUCCGAUGAUGCGGGACAAUCACUAAAUAUCCUAUAAGGCUAUAAUAUAGCUGAAAAUCGAGUGUCAAAUAAGGUCAACAUGUAAUCAAAAGAUUAUAAGGCACAUUUUUGUUUUUGUUGUCACUGCUAAUGCAUUGACUCUAAUUUGCCAAAGUCAGUGAUUUUCAUGAAUUUUCUUAUUUUGUAUCAUCGUGAAUGACUGGAACAGUGGAACAUCUAUUUAUGCAAGUGAAGUGAAAGGCAACUGGUGUUGAGGAACUAAGGAGGGUGUAUUGUCUUUGUAAUUUAACACUAAUAGUGUUGAAUGAAUUUAGAAAUUAGUGUGAUUUUGGCUUUAAUAGUGUUGAAUGAAUUUCCAUUUGAUUUUUUGAAUUCAUUGGAAGUCGGAAUACUGAAGAAGCUAAAGGAAAGGAGAUAGAGGAAAAGGGGCCUUUUUCUUCUUUUAGAAUUUGGAGUGUGUGCUCAGUUUGUAGGGAUUCCAUUUAGCAACCAUGUAUAAAAUAGGUUAGACGAACUACCUACUUAUGGUGAAAUGUUUAGCAACUAGUGGAAGGUCAUUUAGCUUUCUAAUCCUAAAUGAUCUAGGAUUUAGGUAGUAACGUAGUAUGUAGUUUUAUAACUUAAGUUAUAAGUAGGAGUUUAUAGGGUCAUUGUAAAGAUUGUCCGUGGUUCUAUGCACAACCAACUGUGUAGGAAUUCCAGUUUUUGGCAAGUACCUCACUUGUGUGGCGUAUUACUUCUAAGCAAUAUUGUGUGGUUUUGAGCCCUUGUAAAACCUUUUUUUUUUUUUUUUUUUUGCUUUGUCAGGGUUUUGAGAUUGUGUGUUUUGUUAACCUGGAAAGAACUUGAGUUGGAUGAUAAUUAGUAUAUCCCUUGAAAUCAAAGUCAUCAUUAUCAUAUUUGAAGGCAUUUUUAGAGUUUGUGCAAUUGUAAAAGGUAACAGAUUUGAGCUAGCUUCUUGCAUCUAAUCCAAAUGUAGAUAUUGUAAUUGGGUUUUUUAAGAGAGCACGGAUCAUUCUAUUUAUAACCUCAUUGUUAUUCAUUGAGCUCAGCUCUUGCCUUCCAUACUGCUGGCCUUUCUGAGAAUAGAAGUAUUGGUGUAUGUAAGGGAGAAAAGUUUGUGAUUACAUAUUACAUUUUGGGUUGCAGACUUGCAUAUCUAAGGACUGAUGUGAAGAUUAGCAAGUCUUCAACUCCUUGACACUUGUUAACUGGUGUUUAUGCUACUGCUGAAGUGAAGGCGUCAUUUCUUACCACAGGCUGGGGCUAAUACAUAAUGUCCAAGCUUUUUUAAAGAGAAGGAAUUUCUUUGGUAUAUGCCUUGUAGGUUGUAGCCUUAUGCUUGAGGACUCGUAAGGGCUAAACUGUUUGUAGUUGCGAUGAGCUGAAUGACUUCAGGGGUUGAUAUUAUUCUCAUCUAUGCCUGUGGAUGUAGCUAAUGCAUAUUGCAGUGGAUCAUGUAAAAAUUGUGUGCCAUUGUGCUCCUAUGGCUUUAUCACAUCAGCUAUAACAGUUACCCUUAGCUUUGUAAUUAUAGAAUAUAGUGGUUUUGAGUAUUUUGUUUAAAGUAAUGCUUGUCUACUUAAGUAGAUCACGAGCAAGUGCCUGACUAUAGAUCUUUUAUUUGGCUGGUGCUUAGUUUCAGUAUACCUUUGCUUUUAUCAUUUUACUUCAAGAAAGUAAAGAACGUAUCCUUACUUUGUUGAAGCUUCUGUAUUGAAAGGCGCUAGCUGAUGUUUAUUUAAAGUUUCUAGUUUUAGGGUCUUAGUGAUUUAUGCGUUUGAAAUGUUUGCUACUGCUUUCCUCUGCUGUAACUUGCUGCUUAUGUUACUUCCAGGCUUUGGAACUUCUGUUGAAAGUAUUUCUGUUUGAAAUGAUCAUCUCAAAUUUCAAAACUUGACUUUCUCACACGGAGUAGCAGCAAUCAAAGCUGGAUUUUGCUGGAAUGGCCAGCAAAAUAGAUAGAGGUAUGUAAAUUUUAGGAAGCAUACCUUUUGGUCUUGUAUGUAUUUUGUCUAUAAGAUCAAGCAUAUUAGGUGUUUUAUUAGUUUAAUGUCUGAAACGUUUACAUGAUUCUAAGACGUACACGACUGUGUUAGUUAAUGGCAGAAUCAUGAGAUGCUUAAUGUCCUAAGUUGGAUUUCCCUACAACUUUUGAGUUUUAAGCUUGAACUUUGAGGUAUAAAUCGAUGAUUGUUUCCUGUUAUGCAAGCAUGACAUGAAAACAAAACAUAGUAAUCAAGAUUAUCUUUUUUUCAAACUUUGUUUCUCUGCUGGGCUGAAAAAGCCAAGUCAAAUAGUCAAUCCUUGUUUCAAUCAACUUAGUAAUGUUUUGAAAAGGAUUUCAAGCAGUUUGAGUACAUAACUAUAGGGGUUGUCUGCCUACCAUUACAGCAUUACCUAGCCCAAUUUAGCUUGAAUAGUCAGGCAGCCCAAUAGGGGUUGACAUUUAUGUUAUUUUUUACCAGUCAUAAACUAUGUUCACACCUAUAUAUGUUAGGAAAUUUUGCGAACAACUACCUAUUAAAUGACGCGUUUUGGAAACAACUACCUUUUAAAUUUUUUUUUGAAACAACUACCACAAAAACUAAAAAAGUUUGAGUAGCACUACCUUGAGCACUAUUUCGGCGAGAAUCUCCGAGUGUGGGGCCCACCACUUACAAUUUCCCUCCUAAAAUCCCACUUGAAUUGACGCAUCUACCCCUGAUUUAAUUUCUCCCCCAACUACCUAUCUUCCUCAUCAUUUAUUUCCCGCCUAACUCCAUUGUUCAUUUUCUUCAUGUACUCAUCUCUGAAAUUCAGAGAAUAUUCCCCCAGUUGUCUCUCUCUCUCUUCCAUUUUCAUUCACCCUCUCUCUCUCUUACGGUUGUGGUCCAAAUUUAGCUGGAAAGGUUCUGCCUUUUCGUACUCUUGGCUGCUUUUUUGGGUAAAAAGAGAAGUCGGUGCCUUUAAUGGAGCAAUUGGAGAUGGCGACAGCUAAAAAACGACAAAAAGUGGUCAAGACGAGGUACAUUUCUGUAAUUUAUGGGAAUUCUUUGCCUUUUUCAUUGAAAACUGAAAACCCUAAUUUUUUAAUUGGGAAUUGUUUAAACCCUAUGUUAUAAAUUAAGCUAAUUAACAUUUAAUUUAGUCAUUGGAGUACUAAUUAAUCAAAAAUGGAGUACUGUAUGAGACAAAUUAGUUGAUUUUUAUAAUGUUAAUUUAUAAUAUGAUUUGUGCUUGAUGUAUGUUUUGUUUGCUGUGACAAUUAUGCUUAGGGAAAAUGUGUUGUUCUGCAUGUGUUUGCUAAUCUGUGAUUGUUUGAAUGCUAAUUAGAUUAAUUAAUUGUAGGACUACUCCUGAAUAUGUUGACAUGAAUAUAUGGGUUGGUGGGAAGUUUGAAAAUAAUAAGGGAAAGACUGAAUACAUAGGUGGUGGAAUGUUUAUGAAAAUAAGUUGUUACUUGUCUCAAAUGAGUGUCAGUAGUGUUAGAAGAGCAGUAAUACAGGCUUAUGACUUAGUUAUGAAGAGAGUUCCCAUGAACUUCAGUGUUUGGUUUAGGAUGCAUGGUAAGAACUUGACAAAUGGUAGGAGGAAGGUGGAGACAGAGGAGGACUUAGUGAAGUUGGUAAAGUCAAGAGAUUUGAAUGAUAGAGUGAUUAUAUGGGCCUUAUAUGAACCAGGAGAACCAACUGCUAGGUCCAAUUCAGUGAGGUCCAAAAACCCAACAUAUUUUCCACCUAGACUAAUAGGCCAAACAAACAUACCCAGCGUUGAUAACACCAAAAAAUCACCACCAAAAAAACUAAAACCCAUUAAAAAAGAGACAGUGGGGGUGAGGAAGUGUCAGGUUAUCCCCAUUUAAAGUCAAGGAUAGUGAUGUGGACUUGGAUGCAGAAGUUGUUACCAAAGAAGAGUAUGACUUGCACAUGGCUUCUUUAGCCUCAAAACCCUUACUCCAUAUUCACCCCAGCCCAUUGCUUCUUCUCAUAACAGCCCACCUACUUCUCAACCUACUCCCGUACCUACUCAAACUGUUUCUCAACCAACUGAAGCUGCUUCUCAACCUAAACCUACAUUUGACUCCCUAUCUAGUAAGGGAACACCUAGAAGGAAAACUGUUGCCACAAAGAAGAAAGCAGAAAAGGUUGCAGAGAAAAAAAAAAGAGGGAAAAGGGGAAGAAAGGGAAUAAAAAAACAGAGAAAGGAAAGGGAAAGGCAGCUGUAAGUCUAGGGGUGGACUCUGAUUGCAGUAGUGAAGGGGUGUGGUCUACAGAUUCUGAUAAUUCAGAUCUAGAUGUUGAUUUUGAGCCUAGUGAGGAAGAUAAUGUUGGUGUAGUUGGUGAUGAGUUUUUUGAAGAGGGUCCAUUUGAAAGAAAGGCAAAAGUUAAGACAGAUCAAUCUCAGUUUAGGGAAGAGAGGUUAACAUAAGCAAUCCUGAACAAGUUUAGGGUCCAUUUGCAAGGAUCAGAUGAUGAGAUAGAUCCUUAUCCAACCUUCAAUCCUGAAGUUGAUUUCAAGAACAAGAUUAACUUCACUCUAGGGCUUAAGUUUCCAAAUGUUUUAGCAGUGAGGCAGGCAAUUAGGCAUCAUAGUAUUGAGAACAACUAUGAUUACUAUCUAUUGCACAAUAGUAGGUUUAGGGUAACUGCUUACUGUAGGAAUAGAUGUCAGUCCUGUCCUUGGGAUAAGAAGCAUGGGAAGUUGAGAGAGUGCAAGUGUGAUGAUGAAAACAAAUGUAGAUUCAAGAUCUAUGUGAGACAGUUGCCAGGGGAGUCAACUAUGCAGGUUAAGGGUUUGAGGCUUAACCACACAUGUGGUUUCUAUCAUUCUAGUACAAAGGUGAGUUCUGAGUACUUGGUUGUGAAGUACCUUGAUGAUUGGAGAGCUAAUCCAAAUUGGAAGUUAGUCAGAUUUGUGGAGAGGGUGUACAAAGAUUUAGGUGUACAUAUAGGGUACUACAAAGCUUGGUAUGCUAGGGCCAGGGCAAAAUUGACUUUGUAUGGGGAUUCAGCCGAAGAGUAUGCAAGAAUCUUUGAUUAUGGGUUUGCAAUUCUGAAGUAUAACCCAGGUUCAUCUGCAAUUGUGGUCUUAGAAGGAAUUGAGAGGCCUCCUCCCUUUUUUCAAAGGAUGUAUGUGUGUUUGGAUGCAUGUAAGGAGGGGUUUAAGAAAGGUUGCAGACCAUUACUGGGUGUGGAUGGAUGUCAUCUUAAAGGGGCAUUUUCAGGGAUGAUUUUGGUUGUUGUCAGUAAAGAUGGGAAUAAUAAUAUAUUCCCUGUUGCUUGGGCAGUAGUGGAAACUGACAAUAAAGAUAGCUGGACUUGGUUCCUUGAGCUGCUGAUCAAGGAUGUGGGGUUUCCAAAUGGGAAAGGUUUGACACUUGAUAAGCAGAAGGGGUUAAUAGAAGCAAUUGCUGUCAUGGCACCAGAUGCAGAGGUGAGGUUCUGUGCAAGACAUAUAUGGGCUAAUUUUAAGCUCAAGUUCCAUGGUGAUACAUUCAAGGAACAUUUCUGGAAAGCAGCUAGGUGUAAUAACAAGGUUGAUUGUGAGGGUCAUUUGGCAUGCAUUAGACUGUUGGAUGAAGAUGCAUACAACUAUUUAAUUGCAAUCCCUCCAGAGCAUUGGGCAAGACAUGCAUUUAGAACAACAUCUAAUUCAAACAUGUUGCUGAAUAAUCUAUGUGAGACCUUUAAUGCUGUUUUGAGAGAGGCUAAAGACAAGCCAAUUAUCACCUGUCUUGAAUGGAUCAUGAGAUAUGUUAUGAAGAGGAAUACUGAAAAAUGGGAGGGGGUUCAAGGACUUGAGGGCAAGUUUAUGCCAUAUGUGAGCAAAGUAUUCAAAUGGAUAUCAAGUUAUGCUUCUAAGUGCACUGUUGUUCCAUCUAGGAUGGAUAUAUGGGAGGAUGAUUUUGAGGGUGACGGGUUUGUUGUCAAUUUGAAUGACAACACAUGCACCUGCUUUCACUGGGAGUUGACUGGAAUUCCCUGUCCUCAUGCAUAGGCUUGCAUUGUUAAGAAAAGGCUAAGGCCUGAAGAUUAUGUUCAUGAGUACUAUACUAAGCAAACCUACCUGCAAGCUUAUACACCAACCAUCAAACCAAUGCCUGGAAUGGAGCAAUGGGAGAAAUCAGACAUGGUACAACCUCUGCCACCAUUAAUGAAGAAGAUGCCUGGCAGACCAUCACUGAAAAAGAGAAGAAAAGAGAAAGGAGAAGAUGAAGAGUCUAGGUUUGUCAAAAGGCCUAAGAGACAGAACAAGUGUUCCAAUUGUGGUGUGCCAGGACACUACAAGAACAAAUGCAAGAACCCUCCUGCCCCACCUAAGGAAGUAGACAAAGGUGGUAGGCCUUAUGCUACUGAUGAGUGGGCAAUGGCACAAAGGAAAAAGAAAAUGGACAGGAACCUUAGAAAGGUUAGAUCCUUUUCCUAUUUUAUUGGUUCAUUCUUUUUUUUUUACUAUUUUUUUUAUUUGUUUGCUGUACUUAUUUAUUAGUUAAUCUGCAGGCAUAUGACCCACAACCAACCCAAGAAAGUCAAGCUGUUGUGACAGAUGCUGAGGUUCAAUGCAGUCAGGCAGGGUCAUCCAUAACUCAAGCUAAGGGAAAGGCAAAAGCAACUACUUCAAAGGGAAAGCCAAAUGCACCUCCCAAAGGAAAGAUGGCCAUCAAGUCCAACAACAAGAACAAGCAUUGGAUGCCUUGAUAGUUUAGGAAGAGGUCAUGAUGUAGGUUUUUAGUAAUCUAGGCAUAGUGUUUUGCAAAAGCUAGGCUAGUAUAUUCAGCUGUUUGCCUAAAACAAUGUGUAUGUCAAGUGUUCUUUUGCUAUACAUUUAUAAUCACUCAGUCAUGUAAUUCAGAAUUUGGUCUAUGUAUGUGGUUUUUUUUUUUUAAUUAUGCAACAAUGACCAGGGAGAUAUUAUCUAACAAAAAUUGCAAUUAUUUCACAAACUAAUACUUUCAUUUCAUUCAUUAGCAACAAUUUUACAACCAACUUUGCACACAUACAUAGUUUAUUGCCACUUGAUUACAACAUUAACAGAAAAUUAGUGACAGUAACCUAAUUGUGCAUUACCUA